GAGGAUAGCACAGUCAUGGGGAGGUGAUCAUCUUUAACCUUUGCUUGCCAUAAUUGAAACCACUUGUUCCAUCAUUUUGUUCCCCUUCUCCAAUUUUCCUUUGCCAUGACUAAAAUUCCACGCCAAGCAACAAUCCCACUACUUUACUUGUAUAUAAACCCCUUCAUCCUAAGCCUAAACCUCAAUAACCUAAUCUAAAUUAAACCUAUCUAUAACCUAUCACUCCAACCCCUGAAGUAUCAACCGAAAAUGGUACAAAGAAUUUGUUUCUUCGUUCUCUUCUCUCUGUCCUUGUUUUCCCGGAUAGCAGCACAAGACCGUGCACCCCAUGGGCUAGCUUACCAGAGCCCGGCGACAGCCUUAUCUCCCACGGCGUAUGAGUUUUUCCACCCUAAUGCACAUCAAGACCCUUGUACUAAAUCAAACUGUGCACCAAUUCCAUUAGCAGCUCAAGUGCAUGAAAUGCAGUCUGAAGCAGCAACAGAAACUUCCCCAAUAACACGUACUACUGCUUUUGGAGCUGGAACGAUUGCUGGCCCUGCUUUUGCAGCCAUUAUAGUCCUCUGCUUGGCAAUUGGCAUUUACUACGUGGCUAAGACUCGUCAAGAAAAUGUAAAUCGUACUAAACCUAUCCAACCAGAUGUUUAAUUAUAUGUUUUCAUAGUUUUACUGAAACCGUCUUUUACCUGUAUUAUACAGCUUUCAGGCUUACAGAUUUCUAGCCACAUAAUAGUGUGUUUUUUUUUUCGUCUUUUUAGUUAGUAAGAUGAACGAGAUGGGGUAAACUCUGGCAGCAAUUGAACCCCCAUCGCUUUCGAGCAUGGGAGAUGGGAGGGACUACUACCGUCCCUCCUCUCCCAUUCUCCCCACUAUGACAUUAGUUGCUGCUUGCUCGUGUGAGCUCACGUGUACUAGCUAGGAUCUUUUUUACUUCUCUCUUUUCGAUACGAAGAGUUUAUUGUAGUAAUUUAUUAAUGUAUACGUAAGAUUUUUGAGCAUCAGUUUGCUCAUUUCUUAUGAUUUUCUUUGCCAAACUUGUCACCCCUCUUCUUAAACAAGCAACUUAGCAACAAUUGCAAAUGGGGGAGGAGAUAAUCAUGAUUUAGACAAAUAUUAAAGU